AUGUUAUUGAAGAGGGGAAAGACUUUUUUUUAUUCUCAAAUAAAAAUCCGUCGCUUUUUUUGUGAUGGAAAAAACAACUACAUUAAUAAUAGCUACUCGAAUUACAUACCUGUAAAUAAAAAUAUUAAGAAUAAUAAUAAUAAUAAUAAUUACGUGGAUGAUAAUGAGGUGAAUAAGAAAAAUAUAAAAAGUGGAGACAUUCCAAAAGAUGAUGCUAAGUUAAAAACAAGUCAACAUAUUCAAUAUAAUUCAAAUAAUUAUACAAAGAAGAAUUAUGUACACAAUUAUGAAAAUAAAUAUAAUAAGGAUAAAAUUUCUGUAAAUCCGAAUAUGAAUCAGAUGGAAAAUAAUAUGACACAUAAUGAAAUAAAUGAUGAAUAUUUUCAUGAUGAUUAUUAUAAUGAGGAAAAUAAAUAUGGUAAUGAUGACCGUCAUAAAUUAGAUUAUCCAAACAUAGACAAUAAUUAUAAUAAUAUUAAUGAUGUUGAUAACAUACAUAGUAUGUAUAAUGACAGAAGAUCAAAUAAAAAGAUGAAGGAUUUGAAAAAGAGGAAAGAAAAUAGGGAACAUACCAAAAAUGUAGAUGAACAAUGUUAUAAGAACGAUGAUUAUAAUAAUAAUUAUGUUAAUUAUAAUCAUAAUAAAGAAUAUAAUAUGCAUAAUAAUAUGUCACCUUAUAAUAAUGAAAAUAUAAAAACAAAGGAGGAUUAUAUAAAGGAUAAACAAAAAUCAAAUAAUUAUUUUGAUAAUAAAAAUAUAUACAAUAAUUUACAAGAUUAUUCAAAUGAUAAUAAUAUAAGUAAUGAUAUACCAUUAAAUGAUAAGGAUAAUUUUUUAAAUGAUCAAUCGAAUGAACAUAAAUAUGAGAAUAUAGAAAAAAAAUAUAUAAGGGAUAAUUCAAAUGUAAAAGAAAAUAAUGAAGAAAUUAUAAUGAAUGGAAAAUUAAAUAAACAAAAUGACGAAAAGGACAAUAUGGAAAAUCCCAUUAUAGAUAAUAAUAAAAUAAAUCAAGAUCAUAAUAAUACAUGUAGUGAUAAAAAUUCAUCUUCUGAAUGGAUAGAAAAUGAAGAAGAUAUUCCUAACGUUUUUGAAGUUGAUGAAAAUUUAACAGAAGAAGAAAAAGAAGAGAAAUUAAAACUUAUCAAAUUAAUAACCGAAAAAUUAGCUAGUCCAUUAAAAACAACUAGUGAUAAUAAAAAUCAAAACGAAAGUGUAAAAAACGAAAACGAUAAAAAUAAAAAAGAAGAAGAAAAUUCCCUUUUUGCAGAUGAUAGACCUAUAGCUAUAGAAGUUGAUGGCCCUUCUCAUUUUUAUGCAAAUAGUAAUCGAUACACCACAUACACAAAAUUGAAGCAUCGAAUAUUAACCAAGCUAGGUUAUAAUGUUAUCCAUAUAAGCUAUAUCGACUGGAGAAAGCUCAGGAACAAAAGUGAAAGGGAAGAAUUUAUUUUAAAAAAGUUAAAAGAAAAAAAUGACGAAUUUUUAGAUGAUGAAGAUAGAACAUAUUACAAUGAAAGAAUGAACAUGAUUAAGGAUGAUUAUGUUAAAUAUAUGAAUGAUAAAAAAGCAAGUACAAAUUAA